AUGGCAACGAAAUGUUUCUUGGCUGGCAUGUCACCUGAGCGAGUUGACCCCGGCCGCACCAAACCCUCCUUCACCGAAAUCCUAAUGAUAGUAUCAGGCCUCAGCCCGGCUUCCCUCUCCUUAAUAUCAACUCUCUACUCCCUCGUCUUCCCCACCAUUCUGCCCGUAUCCUCUCCCGAAGUCGCUGAAAUGACCAAACUCUACGAAAACUGCCAACGCAUGGUAUGCGCCGCAUACGCAAACGAAAUGGCAGAUGCUUGCUUCUCUCUGGGCAUCGACGCUUUCGAGGUCAGUUCAGCUGCUGCCUCAAAGCCAUUUGGCUAUUUGCCGUUCCGGCUGGGGCCUGGAAUAGGGGGUCACUGUAUACCAGUAAACCCGUACUAUUUGCUGAGCAAUUGCGAUAUGCCACUGCUGGAACAUGCAACGGCACUGUCAUGGCAGAGGCCGGGGAAUGUGGCCAGGCGUUUUAUGAGAGAACUGCUUGAGGAUAGGGCAGAGCAGAUGCCAGAAGCUGAGAGAGAUAUGAGUCCACUCAGGAUUGUGGUUGUUGGGCUCGGGUUCAAGCGCGGACAGAGCAUCUUGAGCAAUUCUCAGGGUGUUGCGAUCAUUCGCACGCUCAAAGAAGAGUUUGAUCUGUAUGUGGAGUUUGCGGAUCCAUUGGUUUCAUCGACGCUCUUCGAUGAGGUUCCCAAGCUCGAUACUAAAGUCAACUGGAACACGGAUUACCUUGAGGCCUUUAAUGGGGUCAUCGUGUCCCUCGAUCAGAAGAUACUUGCCAGACAUAUUGAGUCCCCUUACUACGGUAUUGAAGGCCACUUCGAUAUUGAAGGCACCGUUUAA